AUGGGCAUAUACUUAGCCACUAUCUACUUGAUCUUGCUCAACUUUUCAGCUUCGUUUGCCAACAUCACAAACACGACUGUAUCCAACGAGGCAGAAGCAUGUGUCGAUGCUAACAUCGUUUUAAGCUUUAAUUUCUACAUUAACAGUUGCCCUGAAGCCGAACCAAUCGUUUUCUCUUGGGUUGAAAAAGCGCUUUCCGAUGACCCGAGAAUGGCUGCCUCUUUGCUUCGUCUCCAUUUUCACGAUUGCUUUGGAUGUGAUGCGUCGGUGUUACUCGACGACACGUUGGGUUUCGUUGGGGAGAAAACCGCGGCUCCAAACGCGAACUCCUUAAGGGGAUUUGAAGUAAUAGAUGCCAUAAAAGCUGAUCUUGAAUAUGUCUGCCCUCAGACAGUGUCUUGUGCUGAUAUUCUUGCUAUUGCAGCUAGAGAUUCUGUUGUGCUGUCAGGUGGGCCUGGAUGGGAAGUGGAAAUGGGCAGGAAAGAUAGUGUGGGGGCCAACAAAGCCGCAGCCAACAGCAAUAUACCUGCUCCUAAUUCUGAUUUAUCAACAUUGUUGUCAAAAUUCCAGAAUCUUGGCCUGUCACUCCAAGACAUGGUUGCACUUUCUGGCGCGCACACCAUGGGAAAAGCCCGAUGCUCGACAUUUGCCGCUCGUCUAAACAACAACAACAACACGAACGACAUUAUUUCCGAUAAUGCCCCUAACGUCAACCUCGAAUUCCUACAGUCACUCGAGCAGCUAUGCUCGCAACCCAGUGCUGGCUCGACCCUUGCCGACCUCGACCACAGCACGCCCACGACUUUCGACAAUCAAUAUUACCUCAAUCUUCUCUCAGGCGAAGGCCUUCUUGGGUCCGACCAGGAGUUGCUGAAGGAGGGCCCGCGUGGCAUAAUCGAGCUCUACGCGGAUGAUGUGGACGUGUUUUUCGAGGAUUUUAAGAAGGCUAUGCUGAAAAUGGGGAGCCUGCUGGGGAGUGGAGGGGCGCCGGGAGAAAUUCGUAGAAAUUGUCGG